UCGCUGGUAGAUUGUUGUAGCUGCUAUAUUUACCUGCGUAUUCUUCAGAUCAUCAGUUCCGUUCCCCUUGCUGCUGCCACGACAGUUACGAGCAGUCCCGGGCUUACUAUAAAUUCGCGCUUUCACUCUGUUCGACGUAGCAAUGGCGGAUACUAUCAGUAAGUGGUCGCCGGGUUCCUCCUACGGUCCCGUCUUGUCCCAGACGGACUUAUACCUCUUGAACACUGACCUCGAGAUCAAUCCUGUCCUCACGAACAGUAAUCCGGGCUUCCAGCUACUCUUCAAUCUUAAUACUGGACAAACCAGCGGUUUCAAUGCGGAUGCGCGCGACCGAGACCUCCCUUUUUCUGCGAAAGAAGAACCGGCAACUUUGCCCCGUGUAUCCGAGAUUAUCAUCAUCACGGAGUAUACCCCUUGGUGCACAGUCGUGAAGAACCCUAACGGAGUCGCGAUGGGUGACAUAUGCUCGGCGAUCUGGAAAGAUUACACGGAGAAUAUGGUGACAGACAAGGAGUUCGAGUCUUUGGCCCCGCGAGUACAAGACCAAGUGCGGCGGCAUGCGGCGGCAAGUGCGAAUAACGGCAUGUUUUCGUACUUCUCACCCGCCCAGCUUCCAACCCGCUUCAGGCGCGUCGACUGGCUGAGAGACAAGGUGUUCUUCGAGAAGCUCGCACGGAGAGACCCCUAUGCCAAAGCUCGACUCGGUUUCUCGGCUCCAAAUAUCUUUGUUAUGCUCCUCAACUCCUGAGACAGUGUAUUUUAUCAUGAUUACUGUACGCAACAAUUGUUACUCAAACCAUCGUGUACCUAUGCUCUGUACUUUGUAUUUCCUAUGAUACUGGCACCGGCGCCACCAGGCGCGCCCGGCCCGAUGUUG